AUGCUUGGUGAGGACUUAUGGCAAUGGGUUUCUUUUCAGAUCCGAGCACAAUUUUGAUCAUGCUGCAUUUUCUCCUUAGACAUUGUUCUUUAUUAAGUCCAAUUUGUCAUUGAUGUACUUUGAAUGUUGUGAUGUGUGGAUAUGAUAUGUGGCAGGUGUCUGUUGGUUUUCUGUCUUCUGCUCUAACAAGUCACUCUGUCUCUUCUGUCAGAUGUUGCAGCAGACCCGCGUGUUUGCCUUAUCUGUGGAGACCGCGCCACAGGCCUGCACUAUGGCAUCAUCUCCUGCGAGGGCUGCAAGGGCUUCUUCAAGCGCAGCAUCUGCAACAAGCGAGUGUACCGCUGCAGCCGUGACAAGAACUGCGAGAUGUCGCGCAAGCAGCGCAACCGCUGUCAAUACUGCCGCCUGCUCAAGUGUCUACAGAUGGGAAUGAACCGCAAAGGUAAGAGGACACCGAAGAGGCAAGAGUGACGAGCAGACGAGAGCCACACAUGCAGAGGCCUAGAAUGCUGACCUGAAUGUACUGUACUGGAACCAUAGUAGAUUGUUCUAGAACCACAGAUUUCAUUGUAAGAGUUCCUUGAGGGUUUCGAAUAUAUUGCACAGCCACAAAGUCAAAAUUGUAGAAAUUCAUGAAAAUAAAACAAAUAUUAAUUUAAGGUUAGGCAUAAGGUUAUCAGUGUGGUUAGGGUUAGGGUUAAGGCUAAAGUUUAACAUCAAAUUUUAAGAAGAUAAAUUGUAGAAAUAGAGGGGUUUUAUGACUUUGUGGCAGCCUUAACUAGUAAAUACCCCACUCUCUUGUCAACUCGCAACACCGCCCAGCUCUGUAGUUAUGUAGAUAGUGCCCUCUGCUGCAUUGACUGUGUAGGUGAACUUUCACAUUUUACUGUACUCUUUCCUGAUUAUCUCCUGUGGCACAAUCAGAGCAGCCACCAGGGAGAGUUCCAAUGUUGCUAUGACAACCUCCCUAGGAAUUGUACUGUACUUUGGUGUUUUUAUGUCUUGAAACCCAAACAUAGUAUUUAAAAAAAAAACAUACAGUUUGUUCCUCUUAUUGUGAUGCUUAUGGCUGUUCUGUGUGUUUUCCAGCAAUCAGGGAAGAUGGGAUGCCAGGAGGGAGAAACAAAAGCAUUGGACCUGUCCAGGCAAAUAUUCACUGUGCUAUUUGAUAUUUCAGAAUUGUUAUACAUUUUAUUUAUAUCCAUUUAAAUGUCAUUUGCUUACUACGAAUUGUUAUGUAAAAAUGCUGGUAAUUUCUAACCCAUUGCCCUGAACUGCAAUGAAUAGAAAUGGAAUUGAACCCAUCCCUGACAGUGAUUUCAUGCUCACAUUAAUUUAUAAUUUCAUUAGCUGGCUUUAAGCAAGAUAAUCGGGCAAAUCAGCAUCCACAAUUGCUUGCAGCACCAGUCAUUAUUUACAGUGUUCAAUUCAAUCUAUGUCAUUAACAUUAAAUGAAGGAUUAGCCAUGCUUUUCAAAUAUAAUUUUGUAUAGCUAAGAUGUAGGUCGUUCUAUGUCAUUUCAGCAAGUCAUGACACCCACCAUCUCAGAUUGUUCUGAAAUCGUGUCUGUAUUUAGAAACAGAUAAGAUAAGCAUUCCGGAAGCAUUAUUUAGUAGAAAUAUAAUUAGAUCUCUGAGAAAUUAAGCUAAUUGAUUGCACACAAAUUGGCUAUUUUAAUUUAUAGGAUUCAUAUAAUAUUCAAUAAUUAUAGUACCUAACAUCCGAUUUGGACCAAACUUUUUUGUAACAAUGAGUAAGACAUAAGGAAUGGCUUUUGACAAUUUCUUUGGAUUCCUCAUGUCUAACUCAUUGUUAGAAAAAAGUUUGGUCCAAAUCAGAUGUUAGGUACUAUAUUUAUUAAAUAUUAUAUGAAUCCUAUAAAUUAAAAUGGCCAAUUUGGGUGCAAUCAAUUAGCUUAUUUUCUGAGUGAUGAAAUUAUAUGUCAACAAUAUAAUGUUGCAGGGAUACUAAUCUUAUUUGUUUCUAACAACAGAAACUUUUUGAGGUGGAAUGACCCCUGUGUGCGUGGGUGGGUGUGUGCGCAUGUGCAUGGUGUGUCCUUGUGCCUCUGUGGAACAAGUUGUCCUAGGAUAAUUAUACCCUGGACAACAGUGCUAUGUUAAUCCAUUCAGAUGCCUGAAAACAAUGCUGUAGUAUUAACAGCUAAAGACUUGAAGUACCCAGGGGAAUUAAUUAUAAUAGUUAAUGGACUUGCCAAUGCCAUGACUCUUUACAUAUUCUCUCUCUCUCUCUCUCUCUCUCUCUCUCUCUCUCUCUCUCUCUCUCUCUCUCUCUCUCUGUCUCUCUCUCUCUCUCUCUCUCUCUCUGUCUCUCUCUCUCUCUCUCUCUUGUCUCUGUCUCUGUCUCUGUCUCUCUCUCUCUGUCUCUCUCUCUCUCUCUCUGUCUCUCUCUCUCUCUCUCUCUCUCUCUCUCUCUCUCUCUCUCUCUCUCUCUCUCUCUCUCUCUCUCUCUCUCUCUCUCUCUCUCUCUCUCUCUCUCUCUCUCUCUCUCUCUCUCUCUCUCUCUCUCAGAUCACAGAUGACGAGAUUGAGCGGAUCAUGUCGGGACAGGAGUUUAAGGAGGAAGCCAGUCUCCCGGAGCACAGCUGGAGCAACAACGGUGACAGUAGUGACCACAGUUCCCCUAGCAAUGGCGCCUCCGAGGGCAACCAGCCAUCACCCGCAUCCACUCUGUCAUCCAAGUGAGUUAGCAAUUUGUCUACAUGAGGGCGCAUCGUAGCCAUUGUCAACAGUUUGUCCAUUUAUGAAAUAAUUAACUGCCCCUGACAUUCCCAUUGCCAAGUUAGUAAGGUGUUUGCCACUAGAAGAAUGCCUGAAUGCGAUCUAUUCAGACUUAGCAGUGAUAUCUGUACAAUGAAUUCAUACCAGUAUCUGCUGUUCUUGCUAUGGAGACAUGCAUAGUGUAUAUCUACAAGCAGCAAGGCCAAAUAUAGUGGUGGUAUCUAUUUUAGUCUCUCUCUGUGUAAACAUCAACUUAUCUAUAUCAGCCAUGUACUCUGAUUAUGUUAGAAAUGCACAGAAAUAGUUAUUUAUCAAAUAAAAUCUCAACAACAUGAGCACACUUGCCAGAUACCAGAACAGUAUAAUUUCUGGCAUUUAGUGUAAGUACAGUAUGUAAUUGAACGACUAUUGUGAGUGAAGUAUCUUGCGGCAGUGACAGUUCUACUGUGUUUUCCAUAAUGUCUGAAGUGUUAGUGUGUUUGACCAUUGUGUUUUGUCUGUCCAGUCGCUCUGUAGAGAUGAAUGGUGGCUACACGGCUGCUCUCAGGGACCAGUACAUCAACACCCCCAUGAACACCCCAUACCAGCUGCUACCUCACCUCUUCAGCUACCAUGCCCAGUCAGGCCUGCUGCCCCCCCAGCCCCGCAGCCUCUACCCCCAGUCACACCCCCUGGUGCUGCAGCUAGUUGCUGCAGAGGACCUGGCUCCACUGGCCACCCCCAUGCUGAUAGAGGACGGGUGAGUAGGCCUGCUUAACCUGAAAUAUCUGCUGAGCACUCAAACUGUGGCAUGUUUUUGAUCUACCAAUUCCAGCAGACAUCUAUUUGGAAAUGUGUUUUAGAAAUGUGUGUUCCAUUUUACAAUAUUAAUUUUCUGACCAUGUGACCAGGUCAGCUACAAAUCCUGGCCCAAUACAAUAAUAUGAACAGCAUGCUGUUAUGAAUUCUGUUGAUAUUCACAUCCAUGCCUCUCUGUCUCCCUGUCAGGUACAAGGUGACUCAGGUGGAGUUGUUUGCACUGCUGUGUCGUCUGGCCGACGAGCUGCUGUUCCGUCAAAUCUCGUGGAUCAAGAAGCUGCCGUUCUUCUGUGAGUUGUCCAUCGAGGACUACACCUGUCUGCUCAGCUCCACCUGGCAGGAACUCAUCCUGCUCUCCUGCCUCACCAUCUACAGUGCGCAGAUCUUUGGAGACCUGGCUGACGUCACCGCCAAGUACACGCCCUCUGAUGACGAGCUGCAAGGGUGAGUAUUGCCAGACAGUGGGAUCACUGUUAGGGUUAAACAAUGAUACUAGGGUUAACCAUAACCGCUGGCCUUGUGUUCAUAGGUUUAUUUUGGAAUCAUUGUAUGGAAAGAGACCAUUUAGCUGGGAGACCCUCCUCUUCUGCUUUUGUGUAGGCAUUCAUGCAUCAGAGGUUAGAAGGCAAUAGUGUUUGCUUACCUAUACUUAUGUUAUUGUAGUAUUUUUGGGAGGUGUGGUGGCUGAAUAUGGCUCUAAAGAGAAGGGAUGAUGUCAAAAUUGAAGUUGUGUUUCCUUCUGCAACAACAGUCUCCUACGGAGACCACCGUUCCACUCUGUGGAUUCACAAUCUAUAAAGGCUAUGAUAUUUCUACCAUUACAUCGGGGUAUAUUGGUUUUGGAAGUGUGCCAGUGAACUGGCCCGUGAAGUGGACGACUCCUCAGGACUGUGGCUAGCACUGUCUGGGCCAUUAUGAAAUACAGGUCUGUCCCUCUGUCCCAGAUUGGCCAUAAUACUGUGAGGGCUUAGUUGUGUGUAAAUCAGACCAGAAUUAUCUGACCUUUUGGCACACUUGUUCCUAAUUUUCUAUUGGAUUUACGACUGGGUUGUGUUGCAAUGGCCCAUUUGCCUGCAGUUUGCACAUACAAGGAGAAGGUGUCUGAUUUACUAAGGCAGUGCUAAACGGUGUGUAGGCACAUUUACUAAAGAUAUAGUUAAAGAGAUCAAGAUUUAAGAGGAGCUGUAGAGACGGGUAUAGAGAUUGAUGAGUUCAGUUAUUCAGUUUGACAUGUUUAAGUACAUGCUCCAUCCUUAAAGCUAAAGGAAAUGUUUAGUCAGAGAGAUUAAUGUCCUUAAUCACUUGUAGUGGAUCAGGCAUAAUCCACUUCUUCCCCCUUUUGCUCAUCUUCUUAGUAUGGUCAUGAUUUAAUCAACUCUCACAUUAUCAUGAAUCUACUCUCCCUUCACUUUUUAUUUCUUUGUGAUUUUCCACUUCUGUAGCUGUGUGUACGAGAGCUGGUAGUCUUGUUGAUUUUGUGGGUUGUUUGUGAGUGUGUGUGCGUGCGUGCGUAUCACAUUUCACAAUCUCACCAUGUUUUUGUAUACGUCCCCCCCAGGUUCAGUGAGAAUGGCAUGGAGGUGAUGGAGAGGUUGAUCUAUCUGUUCCGCAAGUUCCACCAGUUGAAGGUCAGCAACGAGGAGUAUGCCUGCAUGAAAGCCAUCAACUUCCUGAACCAAGGUAACACACACACGCACACAGUCAGACACAGCACUGUUCCAACAGGAAUUUUCAAAACGGCUCUGCUGCUCAGAUGCUUUAUUGAAUAAAAAGGAUACAAACAUCACACAUACAUGAACAGUAGCUAAUGUCCUCUCCUCAAUGUGUUCCUGUCUGUUGGGCAGAUAUCCGUGGUCUGACUAACAUCUCCCAGUUGGAGCAGCUGAACAAGCGUUACUGGUACGUGUGUCAGGACUACACUGAGUACAAGUACCCUCACCAGCCCAAACGCUUCCCUGAGAUCAUGAUGUGUCUGCCAGAGAUCCGCUUCAUGGCAGGUAAGUUGGGGCAUCUAUUACAUCAGGGAUUGGCAUGGCGGGCGGUGUAUUAUGAAAUGCUAAUGUAAAGGUCCAUAACAAAGUAGGCGAUAGGAUAAUUGUUCUGUACUCACGCCCUGUGAAACAUGUUUCUUUCCAGGCAAGCUGGUGAAUGUUCCCCUGGAACAGCUCCCCCUCUUGUUCAAAGCAGUCUUGCACUCCUGCAAAUCCAGCCUAAUCAGCUACAGGACAGGAAGUUCCCCCUGUCUGACUUCUACGGGUACCUCCCCUGGGAACUGA